UGCGCGGAGGGAGGGAAGAUCUGUGCAGUCAAACAGAAGAAGCUGGAGAGGAAGAAAAGUAGGAAACCACCGCAGUCAUGCCCCGGAGUCUCAUUCAGCACCACUCGCUGGUGGACAGCGUCUGAGCGGCAGAGUUGGAGGAGAAUCAGAAGAUGUUCUCAAACAUCUAAUCCGGAGAGACACUUCCAGAUAGCAGAUUGUGGAGAAAGAGAGAAGAAAAAUAGCAAUUCUCUUCCCACUUCCCACCUCUCUUUCUGUUGUUUUCCCUAUCGUAAUUUGUGGGGGUUCACGAUGCAACAUUCAAACAGCGGGGGAGUCCAGAGCUGCUGACUGGAACUGGCUGGCAAAGACGCAGGAGGAAGAGGGGAAACCAAGCGGGAAAGGAGCACAGAUCGCAGAACUUCUUUCUGCUCUACUUUCAGCUCACUUCAACCAAGAGGACUGAAAGGAGCCCAAAGUGGACGCCACUGUGACAUUCUAUCAGCUUGGCACACCAAGAAGAAAGCCAAACAUAAUUGUGUGCUCCGGGAAAAACCAGAGAAGAGAGGCAAGCUUCCCAUCUUUGUUCUUGCCUUGUGAGAGCAGUCUCUGUGGACUCCGCUUCAGCACACUCUGUACUGUUUAGUUGCUGGAUGUAUCCUCCACUCUCAGGUGCAAGCAAGGACUGAAACACAAAGAGGGAAGAAAAGAAAGUAGAUAAACAGAGCGAAGAGGCAUAAUUAGAGCGACUGACUUUGUGUCAGAGCAAGAAACCAUGAGGAGAGACUUUUGAAGACAACUGCCCUUUGAAAAGCAUUGCAGCCAACCUCCAGGACAUUUUUAUGUGUGUGUGGGGUGUAUGUAUGAACACCUCUGUCAUUUUCAAAGGAAUUGAAUUUGUAUUUGAAUGCAGAUUUAGCCUUUCAUUAUGACUCUACAUGGAGGCUUUGAGUCACUGUGGAAUGGUUUCCACAGAAAGGUUUUCAGGUGGCUCUUGCUUCUUUGUUGUUGUCGUUUGGUCACCUCAGCAGCUAAGCCCAAAAUGCCAGGCCACACACACCUCAACUCAAUACGCAUCGAUGGAGACAUAUCUCUGGGUGGACUUUUCCCUGUCCAUGCAAGAGGGAAUGAUGGCAAAGCCUGCGGAGAGCUAAAGAAGGAGAAAGGGAUCCAUAGGCUGGAGGCCAUGUUGUUUGCCCUGGAUCGUAUUAAUAAUGACAACGAGCUGCUGCCUAAUAUUACUCUGGGGGCCCGCAUCCUCGACACAUGCUCUCGGGACACCCAUGCUCUGGAACAGUCGCUGACAUUUGUCCAGGCAUUGAUUGAGAAGGACUCAACUGAUGUGAAGUGUCUCAGCGGAGGGCCACCCAUCAUCACUAAGCCAGAGAGAGUGGUUGGAGUGAUUGGUGCCUCCGCCAGCUCUGUGUCAAUCAUGGUAGCCAACAUUUUGCGGCUGUUUAAGAUCCCUCAAGUGAGUUAUGCUUCUACAGCCCCGGAACUGAGUGAUAACACACGCUAUGACUUCUUCUCCCGUGUGGUGCCCCCAGACACUUACCAGGCUCAGGCUAUGGUUGACAUCGUCAAAGCCAUGCGCUGGAAUUAUGUCUCCACUGUAGCUUCAGAGGGAAACUAUGGAGAAAGUGGUGUUGACGCAUUUAUUCAAAAAUCCAGAGAGGAUGGCGGAUUGUGCAUAUCCCAGUCAGUGAAAAUCCCACGUGAACCAAGAGUUGGAGAGUUCGACAAGAUCAUUCACCGGCUAAGUGAGAACACCAACGCUCGAGUGGUUAUCAUCUUUGCCAAUGAGGACGACAUCAGGCGCCUACUUCAAGCAGCUAAAAGAGCCAAUCAAACAGGUCAUUUCAUCUGGGUAGGUUCCGAUAGCUGGGGUUCCAAAGGCGCUCCAAUCCUGAACCAAGAGGAAAUGGCAGAAGGUGCUGUUACCAUCCUACCAAAACGACAGUCCAUUAAAGGUUUUGAUCGAUACUUCAUCAGCCGAACAUUAGAGAACAACAGACGGAAUAUCUGGUUUGCAGAGUUUUGGGAGAACAACUUCCAAUGCAAGCUUAGUCGACACGCUGUGAAGAAAGGAUCUGGCAUCAAAAAGUGUACAAAUCAUGAGCGGAUUGGAAAAGAUUCAUCCUAUGAACAGGAGGGGAAGGUCCAGUUCGUUAUCGAUGCUGUAUAUGCCAUGGCUCAUGCGCUCCAUAAUAUGCACAAAGACCUCUGUCCUGGAAAUGUUGGCCUCUGUCCCAAAAUGGACACCAUCAAUGGCACGCUACUUCUCAAGUAUAUUCGCAAUGUCAACUUUACAGGAAUUGCUGGCACCCCUGUGGUCUUCAAUGUGAAUGGAGACGCUCCUGGUCGCUAUGAAAUCUACCAAUACCAGAUCAGCAGCAACAACACAGGAUACAAGAUUAUUGGGCACUGGACGGAUCAGCUCCACCUCAAUACUGAUGAGAUGCAAUGGCCAGGUGGAACUCAAGAAGUCCCAUCCUCCAUCUGCAGCCAGCCAUGCCGUCCCGGGCAGCGUAAGAAGACAGUGAAGGGGAUUCCAUGUUGUUGGCACUGUGAGAGUUGUGAUGGUUAUCAGUAUCAGGCAGACACUUACACCUGCAAAAUGUGCCGAUUUGAUUUGCGGCCCAAUGAGAACCACACUGGAUGUGUUCCUAUUCCCAUUGUCAAGCUGGAGUGGAGCUCUCCGUGGGCAGUCAUUCCUGUCUUGAUUGCAGUACUGGGCAUAAUAGCCACUUUGCUAGUGGUUGCCACGUUUGUUCGCUACAAUGACACGCCCAUUGUGAAGGCAUCAGGUCGAGAACUGAGUUAUGUCCUGUUGACUGGUAUCUUUUUGUGUUAUGCCACAACUUUCCUCAUGAUUUCCACCCCGGAUGUCUUUGUAUGCUCACUGCGCAGGAUUUUUCUUGGGCUGGGCAUGAGUAUAAGCUAUGCAGCACUGCUAACCAAGACAAAUCGGAUCUACAGGAUUUUUGAGCAGGGCAAGAUGUCUGUCAGUGCUCCUCGAUUCAUCUCUCCAGCCUCUCAGUUAGUCAUCACGUUCAGCUUGAUAUCGGUGCAGCUUCUCGGAGUGUGCAUCUGGUUCGGGGUCGAUCCUUCACAAGCCAUUAUCGACUAUGAGGACCAGCGUACAGCCAAUCCUGAAAAGUCCAGAGGGGUACUAAAGUGUGACAUAUCAGAUCUGUCUCUCAUCUGUCUGCUGGGUUAUAGCAUGCUUCUGAUGGUCACCUGCACAGUUUAUGCAAUCAAAACAAGAGGAGUUCCAGAGACAUUCAACGAGGCCAAGCCCAUUGGCUUUACCAUGUACACCACCUGCAUUGUUUGGUUGGCCUUCAUCCCCAUCUUUUUUGGAACUUCACAGUCAACAGAAAAGAUGUACAUCCAGACAACAACUCUGACAAUCUCUGUCAGCCUCAGUGCAUCCGUUUCCCUGGGAAUGCUCUACAUGCCGAAGGUCUAUGUGGUUCUAUUUCAUCCAGAGCAGAAUGUGCCCAAGCGCAAGCGCAGCCUGAAGGCCGUGGUCACUGCAGCCACCAUGUCGAACAAGUUCAACCCCAAAGGAGGCCUAAGGCCAAAUGGAGAGGCCAAGUCUGAACUCUGUGAAAGUCUGGAAACACAAGUGCUGGCCUCAAAGCAGACAUACAUAAGUUACAGCAAUCAUGCCAUCUAAGACGGAGACAAAUCCUGAGACAGGAGCAAAGGCCCGCAGGGGAGGAAUCGCCUGUUUUUAAGGGAUAACUGGAAUUUUGAUGGAGAACUUUGAUGCUGCUGCAAAACAAGGGACUGGGAAAGAAUCAUGGAAAUUACUCACUCAAAAAAGGAUGCCAUAUUUUUCUAGAGAAUAAGGCAUGAAUGCCAGAUUAAUAUUAAAUCAGUAUAUUGAGAUAGAAGAUGUAAAAGAGCUUAAAUAGAUAGGAAUUCUCCUUCUUCGGCUCUUUUUGAGACAUGAGAGAGCUGAUUAUUGACGUUUUUGAAUCAUGCUGAGACGAACACCUGGAGUUUAUAGUAUGUUUUUUUCUUCUGGAGUGUAUAGCACAGAAAUCAUCAGUUCUCUAUAAGGCUGAUCCAUGUCAUUUUUACAAAAUAAGAGAGUAUUCUGUUCAUUUUUUUUUCACAUUUAUUUUUUCUCAAAUGCAGUUGACAAGAUGAACCAUUAUAGAAACGUAGUAUUUUCAGUUACAGUGGAGUUGAAAGCUGCAGUUCUCUUCAUACUGUACAUGCCUUACGACAGCACACUCAGUAUUCCUUCACGAACUAACCACAUGUGAAAGACAUGAAAAUAAAUCAGUGGGUCAGCCCAGUUGUCUGGUAAAAUGUUCAUAAUGACAAUGAUGACAUCGUCACAAUCAUCUUGGGAAACCUCCUGUACAGUCCCAGAGCAUGCUAAUGGGAACAUCCCGUGUACCGUGCUGUGUUUUCAGUGUCUUUGGAAUGCAACAUUGUCACAUUUGUCAUUCACGGUGAAGAUGUCAUUUUGAGCCGAUGCCUGUUCGGCAACCCUCUGCUGGACAAAAGAGCAAUCAAACACAAAAAGAGGCACAACGGCAUUGCAAUCUGAUUUUUUUUUAACAUCAGUCUCCACUUCAUACAUGUCAGCAGACUUGAUAAUCCAUAUUUUCAACAUAAAUAAAAUGGUCCUUAUUUAUCUUGCACUGACAGAACCUGUAGGAAAGUCAAGGAGUCAUCUGAUUGUUCACAUUUUACCUCAGCCAACACUCGUUGUUUUUGACAGAACCGGGUUAUUAGGAUGGAGUCCGUUUGUCUUUGUUUCUUCCAAUGUUGAAGACGCAGUGCAGGAUUUUGCCCUGCGUUUAGAAAUAUUAAUUCACUCUUAUCUCAGUGAAGCAGAAAUGGUACAUUAUAGACAGCCAACUGUAUUUGCACCUAAAUGCAGGGUUUAACAAAAUGGUUGGUUUGUAAUGAUAAGAAACCUCAUAUCAGUGUUUUGCACGUUUUAAAAUGUAAACCUAACGAUAGGUAACAAGCAGGAGACUGAAUACAUAGGGCAGCAUUAAAUAGUUUGCAGUUUUUGUUUUGUCACAUAAUAUUUUGCUGUCUUUCUUGUUUUUGAUAUCAUGUGAUCAUUGAGGUCUUCAUUAGCAUUUCUGGAGGAAAAUAUGGUUUACAUAAGCUGGACAAUUUUGAGUAAUUGAGAUCUUUCAUCCAGAAAAAUGAGAAUAUUAAAGUAGACUAGUAAAGAACUUAGUGAUGGACAAUUUUCCUUCCAACUGGUUCAGGUUGUUUGGACAGAAAAAAGAACUGGCUCAGUUUUUCACAACCUCCUUUUCUUCAACUAAAGUUGAACAUGAGGAAAACAUCCUUUCAUCAAGCACAAUCUUGCUGCUUGCAACAGUUUACAUAUACAUUAAACUUUUCCAAAUUGUAUCACGUUAUCAUGAAUUUUAUGUAAUUCUGUUUUAAACCAACAGAAAAGAAUAAAAAUUAAAUGUUAUAUUCUAAUUAUCUUUACAAGCACACAAAAUAUAGUCAAUGCCUUUUAGAACUGUGGGUCUUUUUCUGCCAUAUGUCACCACCAGCUGUGCACAUCUUCUAUGUAAAUAUACUAAUUAUUUUUUGCAAAAUGCAGAAAUUCAAGUUUAAUUGUAUUUUAUGGAAAGUGUCUGAGAACAUAAAUAUUCAAAUCUGAAGAUUCUCUGUCCCAGUUCCAAGUCUUUUGCAAUUUUUUUCGCAUGUUGCAUUGACCUCCAUCCUCCUUCCCCUUAACUGAUUUCCCUAAGAAGGCAUCCCCAUAGCAAUCGUUGUUUCAUGGUGGAUAUCGUGAGAUAUACAGAUCAGAAAGUUCACAUCUUUGUGCUAAAACUUAAUGGCACACAAGGGGAAUCAAAUUAGAUUACUUUUGAAGACACUUGCUUCACAAUAUUCUAUUUAAGGACGUCAGAAAAAAAGCAGCUCUUUGUAAAUGUGAAAAAAAUAAGUAAAGGAAAAAGGCAGAUUCCACUAAUGAAAUGUCACUCUUAGUUGCCAUCUGUGACCUAUACUCAAACAGGAAUUCUUGCAAGCAUGAGAACAGCAAGGAGACGUAUGUGAUAAGCUCAGUGUCCUUUCAGUAUGAACUGUUCUGAACUGUUCAGAGUGACUAUCUGACUGUGUGAGUCUUAUAAUUGAUGUUUGUCACAGAAGGCCUGGAACCAGCAUUUCUGGUUCAGCAUCAUAACUUUUAAUUGGGAGGACCUAACCUUCAGCGUAGAGAAACUGUCCAUCUUUAUUUCGAGACCCUCCCAAAGAUCCAGCUGUGUGAAAAUACAGCAAAUCUCCCAAAAAUCCAACUAACAACUGCAAGUGACAAAGUGCAUCGACCUUGUUUCAGGUUAUACAAACAGUUAAAGACAAAUUGUCUAAAUUUUACUUGUUUUAAUUUAACUGAGCAAAUAAGUAUGAGCUUUUAGUUUGGAUAGUUACUGCAUGGACAACUGUCUUACAGCUGGAAACAAGUUGUUUCAUCCCAGCUGAUGUAAUGAGAAGCUUCUCAUUUCUAAAAACAACUAUGUGGAAAGACACCCUGUGGAAAUGUUAUAAGUCAAUACAAUAUCUAAGGAAAUUGCAGAAGCUAAUAAGAUUGGAUUGAGUACUGUCUACCACAUUAUGAAAAAAGAAAAAAAACUGGAGGGAUAGUGGGGAACCGUUGUCUUUGAGGAUGAAAUUACUUAAAAUUACUUAAACCUGAACAUUUAAGGAAUUGGUCAUCGAAAAUAUUUGGUAACAUCCAUUCAAAGAAGAACAGUAGUUGAACUCAGGGGUAUAGUAGUGAAAGUAAAUGCAUUUACACAACCGUAAUAUCAAGAAAACCCAAGGGACUUGGACAGAACAGAUGUAGGGCCUGAAACAAACCACUUGUGAUUCACUGAGAAAAAUGCCAUACUUGGCAAAGGAGGAUAAAAAUGAUCAGACUUAUCCAGAUUUGCCAUGUGUGAAAAUUCAACAGUCUCUUCAGGGUAAGAAGAGAGGCAGAUGAAGUGAUACACCUCUCAUGCCUAGUGUUUACAGUACAAGUUUCUGGGGUUGAUGUAGUUGGUUAGCUCCAGGUUCAGUAACAUAAUGAGGUUCUGAACCUCAUUAUGAAUAUGCUGUAUGACACAGUUAUUCCAUCUACAGAUUUUUUCCUUCCCGAUUACAGUGGAACAUUCUAAUACGACGAUGCCAAGAUUCAUCAGGCUGAAGCUGUAAAUGAAUGGUUUAGGGCGCAUCAGAGAUGAUUUUUACACGUAGACCUGCCUCUACAAACACCAAACCUAACACCAUUGAGAAUCUUUGUGAAGUUCUGGAGAAGACUUUGCACACACAGUACACCUUUUGAAUUUGUUUGGUGUAAAAACAUACAUUCUUUUUCUUUUACUUCACAAGUAUAUGCUCGUGUUGGUCCAUCAGAUAAAUCUCAGUAAAAAUAUAUAAUAUAUAUUAUGUAACAUGGCAAAAUGUGAUAAAGUUAAAGGUAUGUAAAUGUUUGUAAGACAAAGUAGAUGCAAUAAUAGCGUCCCGCCUGUCUUGUAUUACAGAAUUCACCAGAGUCCUGGUAUCUCUAAUAUGCAUUUGAGAGCUAUUUUUAUGCCUUUCUGCCAUCUGGCAAUCACAAAUAAAUAAAACAUCCUAAUAAUAGUUUCAGGAAGUAAAUGUUAUUUCUGCUUGAUAAAUAAGGGCCAGUGCCUUCAUCCUGUGCCUCCUGCCAACUACUUCUGCCAUUCUAUUUUUCACUGUCGUGUUCAGUGUGUUCUGUUCAAGCAUAAUUCCAAACUGAACGUGUACAAUUUAUAGUUGUGUGCAAACUGCAUUCCUGUCUUCAGUCUCAAGUAUUGGUCAUAAAUAGUAAAUCUGGAAUUUGUUUCAUUAAAUGUUAUCUCAGCAAUGCAAAAGUCUGUAUGUUGCAUGUCAGAACUCAUAUGUCACAAGAAGAGCUUGAGAGAAAAGUAUAGUGUUCAACAGGAAAACUGCUGCAGGUGGUUAUAAAAAAGUAAGAAUUUCAAUAACUGAUUUACUCAGCUUCAACAAGUCUACAAUAAUGCAGCAAUGGUUUCUCAUUAUUUGAUUGAGUAUUUUGUGGGAUUGUUUGUGUUUGUGAAUAUCAAUAAUUUCCUGUUUUUUGCCACAGAUCCUUUUUUCUACAACACUGUGGGUGUUGCAAAAAUAGAAUAUGUAAGUGCUGAUUGAAGUUAAAUGGUAAGUUAAUGUGUGUUAUUAAAAUGGAUUGAUCAUGUCUGCUUUAUGUACUGACAUAUUAAAAAAUAUUAAAAAGUUA